AUGUCAUUGCGCAACCGCGCAACCGUGGCGCGCCAGCUCGGACUCCCAACUUGCCUCGGCUCCGCAAUCCCGAGGUCGACUAGCACCGUCAACUCAUCCACGGAAAGCUGGAAGCCGUGUGUUGCAGUUCAGUGUCCAUACCGACAAAUUGAGCUUAGCCUAACUCUUUGCCAAAAUGGACCUACUCAGCGUCCUGUCCAGAUAUUCUUCACCACCGAUGCUGACUUCAACCCGCCAGUCUCGCCGACGUGUCUCCCCUAA